AUGGCUGUAGGAGCGGCCUCUUUGCAGGACCGCCUAGAGAUAUGGGCACAGAGGUUGAAUAACCUGACUGUCUCUCCAUUGACUCGCGAUUAUCCCGAUUCACAGAAGCCCGACAGCAAGAGAGUCAUUGAAGCUUUUGAGUCUCUUCGUCUCCCCAACGAGAAGCUUUCGGGGUCAUCCGACUUCACUGCUUUCCUGACUGCCUUCAUUAUUCUGGUAGCGCGAUUGACUGGUGAUGAGGACAUCGCUGUGGGCACAAAUUCCAACGAGGAUGGCCGUGCAUUCGUCGUCCGGGUCCCCAUUGAUACCUCGGAGUCAUUUGCCCAGCUCUAUAAGAAAGUAGACAAGGAAUAUAAGGAUGGGUCUUCCCAAAUUGUGCCCUUGGGCAGCCUUCGCUCGUACAUCCAGGAGAAGUCCAAGUCCGAACGCACCCCUGUCCUCUUCCGAUUCGCCGCAUAUGAUGCCCCUGCUGCCUCACAAGAUUACCCUGCAAACACCUUCGAUACUACUGAUUUGGUGGUUAACGUUGCACCGGGUUCAGCUGAGGUCGAAUUGGGCGCAUACUACAACCAGCGUCUCUUCUCGAGUGCUCGCAUUGCUUUCAUUUUGAAGCAACUUGCCAGUAUUGCUAGCAAUGCUGCUGCCAACCCGGACGAGGCUAUCGGACGUCUUGACCUGAUGACCGAAGAUCAGCGCGCACUCUUGCCCGAUCCAACAUCCGAUUUACACUGGUCUAACUUCCGUGGUGCCAUCCACGACAUUUUUACUGCCAAUGCGGAAAGACACCCAGAAAAGCUGUGCGUGGUUGAAACUCAGUCAGCCAACUCCCCUCACCGCGAGUUCACCUAUCGCCAAAUCAACGAGGCCUCCAACAUUCUCGGUCAUCAUCUAGUACGCUCUGGAAUUCAGCGAGGAGAGGUUGUCAUGGUUUAUGCCUACCGUGGUGUGGACCUGGUGGUUGCCGUUAUGGGAAUUCUGAAAGCCGGUGCGACUUUCUCCGUUAUUGAUCCUGCCUAUCCCCCGGAACGUCAGAACAUCUAUCUUGAUGUUGCCCGUCCUCGCGCUUUGGUGAACAUUGCCAAGGCUACAAGAGAUUCAGGUGAAUUAUCGGACAUCGUGCGUAAUUUCAUUGAUGAGAAUCUUGAGCUCCGCACUGAAAUCCCUGCGCUUGCCCUACUUGAUGAUGGAACUCUCGCCGGUGGAUCUGUCAAUGGUCAGGAUGUCUUCGCCAACGAAGUUGCACUGAAGUCCAAGUCUACGGGCGUCGUCGUUGGCCCUGAUUCUAUCCCGACCCUGUCUUUCACAUCUGGGUCGGAAGGUCGGCCAAAGGGUGUUCGGGGACGACACUUCUCUCUAGCUUAUUAUUUCCCUUGGAUGUCUGAGACAUUCAAGCUUACCCCAGACGAGAAGUUUACUAUGCUUAGUGGUAUUGCUCACGACCCUAUCCAGAGAGACAUUUUCACCCCAUUGUUUUUGGGUGCUCAACUCCUCGUGCCCGCUCGGGAGGACAUCCAAAAUGAAAAGCUUGCUGAAUGGAUGCAGAAAUAUGGUGCCACCAUCACUCACCUUACGCCUGCCAUGGGUCAGAUUCUUGUCGGUGGUGCUUCUGCUCAAUUCCCUGCUCUUCACCACGCAUUCUUUGUGGGUGACAUUCUGAUUAAGCGUGACUGUCGCUCACUCCAGGGACUUGCGCCCAAUGUCAGCAUUGUGAACAUGUACGGAACAACUGAGACCCAGCGCGCUGUCAGCUACUUUGAAAUCCCUAGCUACGCCAGCAAUGAGGGUUAUUUGAACAAUAUGAAGGAUGUGAUUAUGGCUGGUCGCGGAAUGUUGGAUGUGCAGAUGCUUGUUGUCAACCGUCAUGACCCAACUCGUCUCUGCGCUGUUGGAGAGGUUGGCGAGAUCUACGUUCGUGCAGCGGGUCUUGCGGAGGGUUAUCUUGGUUCUCCGGAUCUGAGUGCGAAGAAGUUCCUUACCAACUGGUUCGUUAAGCCCGAUGUCUGGGUGGAAAAAGACCAGGCCGAAUCCAAGAACGAGCCCUGGCGCCAAUUCUAUGUUGGUCCUCGUGAUCGCCUUUACCGCAGUGGUGAUCUAGGCCGUUACACACCGUCUGGAGAUGUUGAAUGCUCUGGCCGCGCCGACGAUCAAGUGAAGAUUCGUGGUUUCCGUAUUGAGCUUGGAGAGAUUGACACACAUCUUUCUCAGCACCCUCUAGUCCGUGAAAAUGUGACCUUGGUGCGAAGAGAUAAAGACGAGGAACCCACAUUGGUCAGCUACUUUGUACCCGAUAUGAACAAGUGGGCCUCAUGGUUGGAGAGCAAGGGCCUGAAGGAUGACGACUCUGAUUCCGAGGGUAUGGUUGGUCUGUUGCGACGCUUCCGUCCUCUCCGUGAUGAUGCUCGUGAGCAUCUCCGGAGUAAGCUCCCUACUUACGCAGUCCCGACCGUUAUCAUUCCCCUUAAGCGUAUGCCUCUGAACCCGAACGGCAAGAUCGACAAGCCCGCACUUCCAUUCCCAGACACUGCAGAGCUGAGCGCCGCUGCACCCCGCCGUCGCUCCUCUGCUAUGCAGGCUCUCUCCGAAACCGAGCAGACUCUGGCUCAAGUCUGGGCCAAGCUCAUUCCCAAUGUGACAUCUCGCAUGAUUGGACCGGAUGACUCCUUCUUUGAUCUCGGUGGACAUAGUAUCCUCGCACAACAAAUGUUCUUUGAGCUUCGUCGUAAGUGGCGUGUUAUUGACAUCAGUAUGAAUGCUAUCUUCCGCAGCCCGACCCUUAAAGGAUUUGCUGCCGAGAUUGAUCGCUUGCUAUCUUUGGAAUCACUCACGACUAGCGACGACAAGUCUCUAGCCGUGCAAGCUGCUAAUGAGCCGGAUGAUGAGUACUCAAAGGAUGCCGUUCAGCUUGUGAAUGAACUGCCUAAGACAUUCCCUCAGCGUACCGAAGCCAUGCUUACUAGUGAACCCACCGUGUUCCUUACUGGAGCCACUGGUUUCCUAGGGGCACAUAUCCUCCGAGAUCUACUUACUCGUAAGUCACCUUCCACUAAGGUGGUAGCUUUGGUUCGGGCAAAGACCGAGGAGCAGGCACUUGAGCGACUUCGCUCCACUUGCCGCGCAUAUGGUUUCUGGGAUGAAGCCUGGACCCUCAAGCUGCAAGCCGUCUGUGGUGAUCUUGGAAAGCCCCAGUUUGGUCUUUCCCAGUCAGUGUGGGAUGACCUUACCAACCGCGUGGAUGCUGUGAUUCACAACGGAGCUCUUGUCCACUGGGUUUACCCCUAUGCGACACUUAGACCGGCUAAUGUCAUGGGCACCAUCGAUGCCCUCAAAAUGUGCGCCAGCGGAAAGGCCAAGCAGUUCGCCUUUGUCAGUUCGACUAGUGCCUUGGAUAAAGAUCACUACGUCCAAGAAUCCGAACGUAUCCUCGCCGCUGGUGGAAAUGGUAUCAGCGAAGACGACGAUAUGGAGGGCAGCAGAGUCGGCCUCGGAACCGGUUACGGUCAGAGCAAAUGGGCCGGAGAAUACCUUGUCAAAGAGGCUGGCCGUAGAGGCCUGAGGGGAACCAUUAUUCGCUCUGGAUAUGUUCUUGGUGAUUCUGUCACUGGAACUACCAACACUGAUGAUUUCCUCAUCCGUAUGCUCAAGGGUUGCAUUCAAAUUGGCCUUCGUCCAAAUAUCUUCAACACCGUGAACAUGGUGCCCGUCGAUCAUGUGGCUCGUAUUGUCAUCGCCACUGCCUUCCACCCACCUUCCACGGGCGUUAACGUCGCCCACGUUACUGGCCACCCUCGUUUGCGCUUUAACCAGUUCCUUGGUGCCCUGGAGCUUUACGGAUACAAUGUUCCCCAGGUCGACUACGUGCCUUGGUCCACUUCCCUUGAGCAGUAUGUCAACGGUGGUGAGCACAAUGACAAGGAGUCCCAGCACGCUCUUAUGCCCCUUUACCACUUUGUUACCUCGGACCUUCCCUCCAACACUAAAGCUCCGGAGUUGGAUGAUGCGAAUGCAGCAACGGCCCUCCGGGCCGAUGCCGCUUGGUCGGGCGUCGACGCAUCAGCCGGUGCUGGCGUGACCGAGGAAUUAGUCGGCUUAUAUGCCUCAUAUCUGGUUCAAACUGGAUUCUUGCCAGCGCCAACCGUUGCUGGAGCCCGUCCUCUGCCUGCUGCUCAAAUCAGUGAGGAACAGAAGAAGACUCUGUUGAGUGUCGGUGGCCGCGGCGUUGGUGCGGACCUCACAGAUCGAUAUGCGACAGGCCUGCGCCUGAACAAGGAAUGGGCCGCACAGACAGCCCGCGACCACCCUCAACUCUUCCCUACCCUCGCCUCAGGGCAAAAGCCACAGAUUCUAUGGAUCGGAUGCUCCGACUCGCGUUGUCCAGAAACCACCUUCCUGGGCCUUGAGCCGGGUGACGUCUUCGUACAUCGCAACAUCGCCAACGUCCUCCAUCCCGGGGACCUCAGCUCUUCUGCCGUUAUCGAAUACGCCGUGCAAUACCUGUGCGUCAGUCACGUCGUGGUAUGCGGUCACACUGCCUGCGGUGGCGUCUCGGCCGCGUUGGGUAACAAGAACUUGGGUAUUUUAGACCCAUGGUUAUUCCCUCUUCGUCAGCUGCGUGAGCGCAACCUUAAACUUCUGCAGUCAAUGCCAACCGAUGAGGCGGCUUCGAAGCUAGCUGAGUUGAAUGUUCGGGAGGGCUUAAACAUCGUCAAGCAGAAGAGUGUUGUGCUGCAUGCCAUCCGGGAGCGGGGACUCCAGGUUCAUGGCUUAAUUUAUGAUGUUGGAUCGGGUGUCCUCAGUGAGCUGGACACUGAGGAUUCAGAAGAGGUUAUCAGGGCUCGUUUGACAGCUUUCCAAACGGAGUGA